UCUUUUGAUUGUAGCUUCCGGUGCCGCUGUGUCUCCGGUUUGGCCGGCCAGGCAGGGAGGAAUUAAACAUGAUGUCAAUGGAUUUUCUGGACGAUGUGCGGAGGAUGAACAAGAGACAGCUUUACUACCAGGUGUUAAACUUUGGUAUGAUCGUGUCCUCUGCACUGAUGAUCUGGAAGGGACUAAUGGUGAUCACCGGCAGUGAAAGCCCUAUAGUGGUUGUUCUUAGUGGCAGUAUGGAGCCAGCUUUCCACCGAGGGGACCUCCUUUUCUUGACCAACCGUGUAGAUGAUCCCAUCAGAGUGGGCGAAAUUGUGGUCUUCAGGAUAGAGGGGAGAGAAAUUCCCAUUGUGCAUCGUGUCCUGAAGAUCCACGAGAAGGAAAAUGGUGACAUCAAAUUCUUGACCAAAGGAGACAAUAAUGCAGUAGAUGACAGAGGACUUUACAAGCAAGGCCAAAACUGGCUGGAGAAGAAGGAUGUAGUUGGACGAGCUAGGGGGUUUGUUCCCUAUAUUGGAAUUGUGACGAUCCUUAUGAAUGACUAUCCCAAAUUUAAGUAUGCAGUUCUGUUCCUCUUGGGAUUGUUUGUCCUUGUACACAGAGAAUAACGUGGGGACUAUCAGACAGCAGCAAUUCACCUAUAGUUUGAUCAUCUGUAACUCAACAGAGCAACAUACAAAAGGACAGACCUCAUCUAGUGUAAAGUUUUUUUUGUUGGUUUUUUUUUUACAUUUGGAGACCAGUGUUUCUUAUAUAUUCUAUAAAUAUGUAUACCCUUUCCUGUGUUUACAGGGAUAAUAGAGUAUUUAAAGAUGGCCUGUAUCUCUGCCACAUUUCUCCACCUCAGUGGCAAACAACUGGCCAAAAAGUCAUAUCAACAUGCGCUGUUUACAGUUUUUUGCUUUUCAUAUUUUUUUUUAUAUAUCUAUAUAUACUUUGGGUGGAUUUUUUAUAUUAAAAUUUAAAGCCAAAGUUCUCAGCGUUUUUUGUAAUAUUUUGAAGCUUUAUUCUAAAGUGCCUACUCUAGAAUUGUUUUGUGUGUCCUGAUAUUACAUUGAAUAAACUGUGGUCUAGAUUUGUAUAUGUGGCAAGAACAGUGUGAUUUUCAUGUAUCACAACACAUACAAAUAACCCAAACAGCAUCCUUGCGAGUACAAUGCCAAUCAUCCAAGCUUUUUAUCUGUAAUGACUAUAAUGGUUCUUAAAUCUUCUAUUAACCAGAUGUCCGGUCAACUUCUUGUGAGAAUAAACAGAAACUUGAAAGCUA